AUGGAGGAUGUUGGGCGAGCACCCGCUGAAGCUUCACCUGUGCUCAACUUCGAGCCCACUACGAUCCCCACUCUUGACGGCUGGAUUGAGAGCUUGAUGUCCUGCAAGCAGCUGGCCGAGGCUGACGUUCAGAGACUGUGCGAUAAGGCCCGAGAAGUUUUACAGGAAGAGUCGAACGUGCAGCCAGUGAAAUGCCCUGUUACAGUCUGUGGUGAUAUUCACGGCCAGUUCCACGACUUGAUGGAGCUCUUCAAGAUCGGUGGACCCAACCCCGACACCAACUACCUAUUCAUGGGUGAUUAUGUUGAUCGAGGUUACUACUCCGUUGAGACCGUCACCCUUCUCGUCGCCCUCAAGAUCCGAUACCCUCAGCGAAUCACCAUCCUCCGAGGAAACCACGAGUCCCGUCAGAUUACUCAGGUCUACGGAUUCUACGACGAGUGUCUUCGCAAAUACGGAAACGCUAAUGUUUGGAAGUAUUUCACCGACCUCUUUGACUACCUUCCCCUCACUGCCCUGAUCGACAACCAGAUCUUCUGUCUUCACGGUGGUCUUUCUCCCAGUAUCGACACACUCGAUAACAUCCGAGCUUUGGAUCGUAUUCAAGAAGUCCCACAUGAGGGUCCCAUGUGUGACCUUCUCUGGUCAGACCCCGACGACCGAUGCGGCUGGGGAAUUUCUCCUCGAGGUGCGGGGUAUACAUUCGGCCAGGAUAUCUCAGAAGCCUUCAAUCACAACAACGGCUUGACCUUGAUCGCACGAGCUCAUCAGCUGGUUAUGGAGGGUUACAACUGGUCCCAAGACCGUAAUGUGGUUACCAUUUUCUCAGCGCCCAACUACUGUUAUCGAUGUGGUAAUCAAGCCGCCAUAAUGGAAAUUGACGAGCACUUGAAGUACACCUUCCUGCAAUUUGACCCUUGCCCUAGAGCCGGCGAGCCUAUGGUCUCAAGGCGGACUCCCGAUUACUUCCUCUAA